UUUGGCAGAGUUGCAGAUAGGGAUGGCUCGUAGUGGAUCUGGGAGGGUUUGAAAUCGCUACUGGGUUGGAAAUUCUGCGGAUCAACUCUGGCAACCUCUGCCCCAGUCCUUGAGCCAGGACUCCUGUUGCUCCGGCUCCGGUGCUGGCUCGGGUUCCUCGGGAUGGCUCGCGCUGAUAAGUGCUGCAAAGUUUCGGUGUAAGAGCUCGGCAUCCUGCGCCAUGGCUUCACCUAGCCUGCGUCCUCAGUCAAUUCACACGGCUUUAAUGCGAAAUGAAAGGCGUUUAAAAUGACCCUGCGCGUGUGAGGAAGACGGCUUAGGUGCAGGAGCUUGCUCAGAUUUGAGGAUGCGCUCCAAGCGCGGAUUUUGCGCGUUUGGGUUGGCCUUCUUACUCCCUGCUGUACUUCUGACCCUUGUUCGGACCGCAGAAACUAAUGUGCUGAAUGACAUUACAGGUAGCGCUCCUGAAGGGCAUGUCCAGUACGAGAUUGUUCACCCACAGAGAGUGGAUUCAAAUGGAGCUUUUAUCUCGAACCUCGUGUCCUACCGUAUGAGUCGACUCCGCCGGAGGCAGACGGUGGAGAGCAUUGAAAACCUGCCUCAUGUUUUCUACCAUUUACAAUACAAUGGCGAGGACUUGCUUUUCAACCUCACUCUCAACCCAUAUCUACUAGCUCCUGGUUUUCUUACAGAACGGCGUGCAGGUGGCCUCCGGGGCUCCAAGUUACAUUCUCCCGGCAAUUCUCUGUGCUACUUCCUUGGCCAGGUCUGGAGUGAGUCAGCUGCCAAAGGUCAAGCAGCUGUGAGCACCUGCGAUGGCUUGACAGGGCUGUUCAAACUCUCCGAGGAGGAAUUCUUCAUCAGGCCGCUGGAGCAGACCCACAGAUCAGAAGAGCCACAGGCUCAUGUCAUCUACAAGCGUCAUACUACAGAGCACAACAGCCAGCCGGUGCAGCCUUUAUUCGACGGAAAAACAUCCAACGGGACCUGUGGAGUCAAAGAUGUUCACGGAAGAGCGCGAAAAGUCGAGAGACAGCGAGAGCGCUGGGAGAAACGCCAUCACCGGAGGAGACAGCGCUCCAUCAGCAGGGAGAAAUGGGUGGAGACUCUUGUGGUGGCCGACCCAAAAAUGGUGGAGUACUACGGCAAGAACGGAGUGGAGAGCUACGUUCUAGCCGUCAUGAACAUUGUUGCAGGGCUGUUUCGGGACCCGAGCAUCGGAAAUGCCAUCAAUAUUGUGAUUGUGCGUCUCAUUCUGCUAGAACAAGAUGAGGAAGACUUGAAAAUCACUCACCAUGCAGACAACAGCCUCAACAGCUUCUGCAAAUGGCAAAAGCACUUGAACAUAAAGGGAGACGAACAUCCAGUCCAUCAUGAUGUGGCUGUCCUGCUUACAAGGAAAGACAUUUGCGCUUCCACCAAUAAGCCCUGUGAGACACUGGGGCUCUCUCAUGUGGCGGGAAUGUGUCAGCCCCAUCGCAGCUGCAGCAUCAACGAGGAUACGGGUCUGCCGCUGGCCUUCACCGUAGCGCAUGAGCUGGGACAUAACUUCGGGAUUGAACACGAUGGCAACGGCAAUGACUGCGAGCCGAUUGGGAAAAGGCCGUUUGUCAUGUCUCCCCAGCUCUUGUAUGGAACAUCUCCACCCAACUGGUCGCGGUGCAGCCGGCAGUACAUCACACGCUUCCUGGAUCGAGGUUGGGGCUGGUGUCUGGAUGACCCUCCUGGCAGAAACGAUCUGGAUCUGCAGUAUGUACUACCUGGCGUCCUGUACAGCGCCGCCCACCAGUGCCGCCUCCAGUACGGCUCUGACUCGCUGCUCUGUGACGACAUGGACAACGUCUGCAGCACUCUGUGGUGCACCGUGGCCUCCACAUGUCACUCAAAACUGGACGGAGCAGUGGAUGGCACCAAGUGUGGUGAAGACAAAUGGUGUUUAAAUGGCCAGUGCGUGUCAGAUGGAUAUCAGCCGGAGAAAUUGAACGGUGGAUGGGGGCCAUGGAGCGAGUGGUCGUCCUGCAGCAGGACGUGUGGUGCAGGAGUGCAGAACUCGCACAGAGACUGUGUCAGUCCCACACCGAGGAAUGGCGGGAGAUACUGCCUCGGGGAGCGCCGCAGAUACAAGAUCUGUAAACAUGAGCCAUGUGCUCAAGGCCAACCCAGCUUCAGGUCUAUCCAGUGCAGCAAGUUCAACAGCAUCCCUUAUAAAGGCAAAUUCUACCAAUGGGUACACGUCAAUAACCGAAUAAAUCCAUGUGAACUGCACUGUCGCCCAGUGAAUGAGUAUUUCUCAGAUAAGAUGGUGGACGCUGUAAUUGACGGAACCCAGUGCUAUGAGGGUAGCCUGAGUCGAGACAUGUGCAUUAAUGGAAUCUGUAAGAGUAUUGGCUGCGAUUAUGAAAUCGACUCCAACGCAGUUGAGGAUCAUUGUGGAGUUUGUCAAGGAAACGGAUCCACUUGUGAAACCGUGAAGAAGACCUUUGAGGAGAGCGAAGGCCUGGGCUAUGUAGACAUUGGCUUAAUUCCAGAAGGAGCACGGGACAUUCGCAUCGAGGAGGUAGCCGAAUCUGGGAACUUUCUGGCUUUACGCAGCAACAACCCAGAAAAGUAUUUUCUGAAUGGUGAUUGGACAAUCCAGUGGACCGGAGAGUACAAAGCAGCAGGGACGGUGUUCAUGUACGAGAGAACGGGGCAGCUGGAGAACCUGACUUCCCCUGGACCAACUAUGGAGCCUGUGUGGAUUCAGCUGCUCUUUCAGGAAACUAACCCGGGUGUGAGGUACCAGUACACCAUCAGCAGAGACGUGCUGAACGAGUCCAACAACGGAAGCGCUGUCUCUGAUUUCCAGUGGAAACGUGGAGCAUGGACAGAGUGCAGCGCCACAUGUGGAAUAGGUGUCAAGAGACAGGUUAUGCACUGUGUUGAGCGGACGUUUGGAAUUGUGGCUGAGCAUUACUGCGAUGCGUCCACACGGCCAGACGACAAUCGAGUAAGCUGCAAUGCUGCAUUAUGUCGGGCCACAUGGUGGGUUGGAGAAUGGCAGAAGUGCUCAACCAGCUGUGGGGGAUCAGGCCUGACCAAGAGAACAGUGGUGUGUAUUCGGAAUUUGGGGCUGGAAAAACAUGAAGCCCUUCUUCCAUCUGAAUGCCAGGACUUGCCUAGGCCUGAGUCAAUAUCCCACUGCAAUACAAACAUUUCCUGUCCUGCUGACUGGAAGACAGGAAACUGGUCAGAGUGCUCUGUGAGCUGCUCGAGUGGUGUGCAGACCCGUGAGGUGACAUGCAGCUGGAACACCAUGGUUGACUGUGAUCCUCAAGCCAAGCCUGCUUCUGUCAAACCGUGCAAUGUUCAAGACUGCCCAACAAUUCCAGACAGUAUUGACUGGUCUGGAAGUGGCUCGUCAAGCAGAGAAAUUUUCAAUGAGAUAAAUACAAUACUUGAAGAUAACCACUUACCAAAAACAGCCAAGGGAACAACCAGAGGUCAGUCGCAAGAAGACAAUAAUCUGAACAGCAUAAUCGAGGGCGACUUUUCGUAUCACAAUCAAAUUGAAGCGGACAAGUCGAUCAAAACGAACGUUCUGGUAGACGACUUUUACUAUGAUUACAACUUCAUAAAGUUUCACGAGGAUCUCUCAUAUGAUUUUGACAAUGAAGGAAAUGGUGCAUCCGAUAACUCAGGAAUUCAUUUGAAGCAGGAACCCAAACCCAGUCUUAACACAGUUUACAGUCCUUCCACAACUACCUCAUUUGCAAGCCAUACUAUUGUCCCUCCAACUGCCUCCACUUCCGAGAGUCCUCGUUUUGACCAACCGGAUGAGAGCGUUUCAGAAGAUGAUCUUGUUCUUUCAGAGGACUACUUCCUACCUGUUGGUACAACAGCCAAGCCACGCUCUACUAUUCCCAGAUUCUUUCAAAAAUGGAAGGAGUUAGAUGUCCCAACUCAGGACUUUGACAUUAUACAGAGCCUGAUACCAACAGAUGAGGUACCAUCUGAGGGAAUACCAACAUCAGAGAUUCAGACAGACAAUAAUGCAACCGAGAUGCCUGGAAGUCAAAAAGACAAUAAUGGUGUGACUAAAAGUGAUGAGAAGGCUAAGGAGAUGUUUGGUCAAGGGGGUAGAAAUCAAGAAGAGUCAACACAGCAAGAUCUCCAAGCUAUUGAAGAUACCUAUAAGUGGAAUAUGGCUCAAACUGUGUUACCACUUAGUGGUACCACUGUGGAACCACUGACUUCCCAAUUGAAUGUUAACAUUGGUACAAAGGUUGAAACGCCCAUUGAACCACUUUCAAACCUAAAGCACAGGAGGAUCACGACUCCGAUCCCUUUGCCUACAUGGACAGAGAUCAGUUACAAUAAGUUCAUUGUUCCUUCAUUGCCAUGGUUCAAAGAAUACACUUCCUCUGUUCCCUCAGUGCAUCCAUCUCAGGGUCCUAACAGUCAGCCUCAAGCUACCACUGAGCCUGUUAUCAUCUCCUUGCUACCAUCUGCCUCAAAUGCCUUCUGGAUCACCAGCAACUGGAGCUCUUGUUCCACCAGCUGUGGGCUUGGUGCCAUUUGGAGGUCAGUGCACUGCAGCACAGGGAAUGACUCUGACUGUGAUAUGGCGAAGAGGCCAUUACCGGCAAGACGCUGCCACCUCAGGCCAUGCGCCAUAUGGAAGGCAGGAGAAUGGAGCAAGUGCUCAAAGAACUGUGGAGGAGGUCUGAAGGUGCGAGAGAUCCAGUGCUAUAACAUGCGGGAUCAGAGGCCACUGAGGCCUUUCCACUGCCAGGCCACUUCUCUGAGACCUGUCACACAUCUAUCCUGCAACAUCCAGCUGUGCUUGGACUGGUACACUUCCUCAUGGGGACAGUGUUCAGAGCAGUGUGGUGGUGGAGAGCAGCAGAGGAUGGUCACGUGUCCUGAAGAAGGGAUGUGUGAUGAGGCACAGAAGCCUAUCUCAAUUCAGCAGUGCAACACUCAGCCCUGUGCACAGUGGGUCACCGGAUCCUGGGGUCAGUGCUCGGUGUCCUGUGGUGGAGGCGUACAGCACCGUCUCGUCAAGUGUGCGAAUGUGAAGGCAGAGCUGGAGGAAGAAGCAGAGAAGCACAAGGAGGCCCAAUGUGAUCACGAGCCCUGGCCAGAGAACACACGACAGUGUAACCUUCACGACUGUGAUAGCGCCACCUCUGGUCAGGAGUGUUUACGCGACCGUCUGACUUUCCGCCUCUGCCGAAAGCUCCAGUGGCUCGGCCGAUGUCAGCAACAUGCAGUUCGAGCUCAGUGCUGCAAAACCUGCGGUUUGGGAGGACGUGGUAACGAGCGAGCCACCCGCCGCUGAGACAGGAGGAGGAGCUGGGAGAACUUUGUGUACCAGGGGAAUUCUGACUUUCUGGGGGUUUUUCUAAAAACACACACACUCACACACACACCAAAUCUAGGACAAGGCUUAUCAAAAGCUUUUUGUCUUCACUGACCUGCAGAAUCCUGCAAAGGUACCAAGGCUUUAUCCGUUAUUCUGUAGCAUUAAACCAUAAUCUUUGUUGAUAUUGAGUUUUUAGCAUUGAUGAAGCGCCUCAGAUGAAUAACGCAGUGUUUUGAGGAUUCUAACUAUAGUAUUCAAUAGCAUCGAGUCACUAAUUCUAGACAGCUCAGGGUAGUGAUUGAAAAACUUUACAGUCGGCAGAUACGGAGGAUUUUGCAUACCACCAUGUGAGAUGAGAUGAGAGAUGAGAUGAGAUAUACCUAUUUUAAUCUCCGUCAGGGGAAAGUCAAGAAUAGAAUAAGGAUAAGAAGCUUAUCAGCCAAGCGCCAAAUUUGUCUAUAGCAAUAAUUCAUUCAUUCUUUUUUAGGAUGAAUUCAUCUUUAUUUUCAACAGAACAGACAAGCAAUAGCAAUUUAUGGCCAUUUUUUUUGUACUCAUAAAUUUACAGUGGGACUGAAUUUCUGUCUAGCCUUCUAGAUAAGCAUGUAGUUCUGGUUUAUUAAGCUUCUUACAAAAUGAGCUACAUAAGUUCAAACAAUGCUUUCUACUGAUUGCAGCUAUUACCUAAUCAAUGUAUAAACCUCAAGGAAGUGUAAAGAAAGUGCUGCCAAAAAAAACAAAAAAACAUGGUGCUAUGGGCCACUUUAUGGCCCAAACUCAAGUCUGGGGUUUGUGGGCCGGUGUCUACUUGAAAAAAAAAGAUCUGAUAGAAAUGUAAAUGUGUGUUAACGAAGCAUCAACUUUUACACUGGUACUAAAUAUCAAUUGGGAAAAUGACACCAACAUGAUUUUUGUGCCAUCGCAUCGUUUUGGGAAAUUUGUUCUAAAUGUUAAAGGGAGUGUUAAUGUAGAUUUGGUCUUGGCCUCCUGGUGGUCCAGCAGCAGGAUCGUUGCUGUGGCCCGGGUUUGAUUCCCGAGCAGGGUGCCAACCCAGUCACUGAAGCGUUAACUCUCAGUGCCAGUCCCAAGCCUGGAUAAAAAUGGGAAGGUUGCAUCAGGAAGGGCAUCCGGCAUAAAACCUGUGCCAAAUCAUGUGGAUCGAAUGAUCUGCUAAAAACAGUGGACCCUGCCAUUGCACGGGACAAAUGCUAGGAUAAAACAAAAAUGUAGAUUUGGUCUUGAAAGUAAUAUUUGUGAAAUUUGCGAUCGUUUUGGUCCACUCGCACCCACGCAUAAUCUGGACCUUAGCACCAUAAGCGUCGACCUUAAGCUCCGCCCACUUCACAAUCAUGUUGUGUCAUAUAUCUUAGAUAAGUUUUUUUUCCUGAUUUGCCAAUUCUUUUCUGCUCAGAUUUUUUUUUUUUAUAUGUCUACAUGACCUGAAUUCAUGAAAUUGUCCUUGUUCAUUUCUAACCCUUAUUAAAAACUUAUUACG